AUGUCGGCUCUUCGCCCAAAUCACAGGGAAAAGGCGGCUCCCAAGUCAGGUGCCGCCAACGGCCUUAUCGACCCGACCAAGACGGGUAAAUAUCCCGUCAUCCUGAGCGACACUCUCCUCGGCCGCACCCAGAAAGAGGUCUUUACCGCCGUACGAUAUAACCACAAGCCAGAGCUCACCUCCGAACCCGGCACCGCCAGGUUAAAGCCAGAGACUCCCGGCAGCAAGUCCGACUUCGACCUCUCGUUUCCUGACGGCAACAAUGGCAUGUACGGCUACGCAGGCACCCGGACCAUGGACGACAACCAGUACGUCCUUUACUUCGACCCAGCCCGCAAGGUCUUCAUCCUGGACAAGGUCGACUCGACUUUCCAUAUGAACGUCACUCGUACCCCGUCCAAUGACAACCCCGAGUCCCUGCGCCAGCAGUUCGAGCAGCUCGAUACCUCCAUAACCGCCACACCCGAGGUCCGCAAACCCACCGCCGCCGCCGACAGCAAAGACAAACCCUCCACAAAACCUGCCGCAAAGGCUUCGUCGGGACCAAAGAGGCCUUCGGCCAGCAGCAACAAGGCCGCCGCCAAGCCGCGCAAGCCCGCGGCAGCUAAGAAGAGCGAGCCCAUCCACCUCGCCCUCCCAACCAACGACGCACCGCCCGUGCCCGCGAAGCCCACCGCGCCGGCCAAGAAGAAGGAGACGACACGCAAGGCAGCCGGCUCCGACGACGAGGAAGAUGACGACGACGACGAUUUCGGACUGACGAUAGAGUACCCUGACGAACACAAGAAUAAAAAGGCCGACUUCUCGCCCGCUUUCGCGCCCAACAUCCAGGUCCGCAGCUUCUCUGACUUCUUGCGUGACUCUGAGGCCGACGACGCAGAUGGCGAGUCGGACUUGGAGGAGCGCGAUCUCGCAAACUUCAAUCUGCCGAGCCCGAUGAACGGCCAGGCGCAGCAGCAGGAGCACCAGCAACAUCACCAUUUCCACAACGAUCAAUACCAAGAUCAGGACGACGAUGCCGAGCAGAUGGAGGUUGAUUCCGAGCCCGAUUUUGAGGAUGCCUUGGAAGACGACCUGGAGGCGGAACUCGAGAAGGAGCUAGAGGCUGCAAACAGCGGCGACGCCGAGGAGAGUGAGGUGAGCGAGGAAGACUAA